AUGCUCAUCGGCUUCCUUGUGACUCCAUGGCCGUUCAUAUGUGGCUCCAAGGCCCAAGAAGACCGCACUCUGCAUAUCCUGUACAACCUGUUUGGGGCUUCUCUGCACCAAACAGCUACCUCCUCUUUGAUGAUUCGUAUACAUGAUAAUACCAUGCAGUCAUUACAUGUGUUGAUCAUCACUCUCUUGUUCCUAUUUGUUUACUCCCUCCACCAGUUUCCGUUUGCCCAUGCUUUAUCCAGCUCUAUCCCAACAAACACAAGUCUGCUGCAGUAUCCAGCCAUCAACUUGAGUGGAAACUCUAGUGCUCGCUUAUUCCUCCAGAGUAGAAGUUCCGACACCCUUGCUAGCUUUGGUUUCUACAGCACAGAUGGUUCUGUGUUUAUCCUUUGCGUCAUGAUGAGCUACUACGGUGGCUAUGGGGAUAGUAUUAUUGGCCAUCCCCAGGUUAUCUGGUCUGCGAACCGCAACUUCCCCGUAGGCAGGGAUGACAUCCUUUCUUUCACUGGGGCUGGUCAGUUAAUUCUUCAAAACAAUGUUGGCACCUUUGUCUGGUCCACACCGACAAAGGACGCCUCCGUAGUUGGUAUGCGCCUCGAUGGUUCUGGAAACCUCGUGCUUUUUGAUCAAAACAAUGUCUCUGUCUGGGAGUCCUUUGACUACCCAACAGAUACAUUGGUGAUCGGGCAGUUGCUAUGCGCGGGAGCUAAUCUCACUGCCAAUGAUUCAUUCACCAGUUGGGCAUCAGGUCAGAUCAAUCUUCAUACCUCAUCAAAUGGAUUGCAGUUUUAUUUUGGCUCUGCCGCGUACACACAAGUAUUCCAACCAACUUCUCUAGGCAAUGGGACAUCAGAUUGUUAUGCAUUUACCAAUGGCAGCUUUGGAUUUCCCAAACUGGUCUUCUCAUUGCCCCUUGCAAGGUCAUUUCAGUUCAUGCGGUUAGAGUUUGAUGGUCAUUUUCGUCUAUAUGAAAUGAAGGAGGCUGCCUUCCACGUGGUGUUCGAUGUGCUAAGCAAUGAAAUCAAGUUUUGUGAUUAUCCUCUAGCCUGUGGUGAAUACAGUGUUUGUAUAAAUGGGCAGUGUUGCUGUCCCAGCUCUCACUAUUUUAGACUCCAAGAUGAAUGGCGUCCAGAUAUGGGGUGUCUACCAUGGACUAAUCUGUCUUCUUGCAAUGACAUGCGCUAUCAUCAACUUGUACCUAUUAGCAACAUUUCUUACUUCAGUGAUGAUGCCUUCCAAUCAUUGGCUACUUCUGCUACAGAUGCGGACUGCAAGCAAUCUUGCUUAGAAGAGUGCUCUUGCAAAGUUGCAUUAUUUCAAUACGAUGACCAUGAUGGAAUUACUGGCUCUUGUUUGCAUUUAUCACAGGCCUCACUACUUUCUCAAACUACAAAUUCUUCUCAUCGUACUUCAGUAUUUUUCAAAAUACAGGGCACCAUGAAAAGAAGGACCAACAUUGCCAUUGGUUCUGCAGUUGGUAGUUUUGCUUUAUUUGCAACUGCCAUCUCCAUUUUCACUUGGAGAAAAUGUAAGAAAACGGAGGAGGAAGAAUGCUUCCUUGGAGGAAUACCUGGAGUACCAGCACGCUUCUCCUAUAACGAGCUGAAGAUAGCCACAAGGAACUUCUCGAUGAGGCUUGGAUCUGGAGGGUUUGGCUCUGUCUUCAAAGGUAAAAUAGGCAAGGAAACGAUAGCUGUCAAGCGCUUAGAAGGGGUCGAUCAAGGAAAGCAGGAGUUCUUAGCAGAAGUUGAGACCAUAGGAAGAAUUCAUCACAUUAAUCUUGUCAGGUUAAUUGGAUUUUGUGCUGAAAAAUCGAGCAGGCUACUUGUGUACGAGUAUAUGAGCAAUAGUUCAUUGGAUAAAUGGAUAUUCCAUGCACAUCCAGUUUUUACACUCUCAUGGAAGACAAGGUGUAAUAUCAUCAUGGGUAUUGCCAAGGGUCUGUCUUAUCUCCAUGAAGAAUGUGAACAAAGGAUUGCUCACCUAGACAUCAAGCCACAGAACAUUCUUCUGGAUGACAGGUUUAAUGCGAAGGUCUCGGAUUUUGGAUUAUCGAAAUUGAUAAGUAGGGACGAUAGCAAGAUCAUGACUCGGAUGCGAGGCACACGUGGAUAUCUUGCACCUGAGUGGCUAGGUUCGAAGAUCACCGAGAAGGUAGACAUCUACAGCUUUGGAAUUGUCAUAGUUGAAAUUAUAUGUGGGCGAAGGAACCUGGACGAAUCACAACCUGAAGAGCGAGUUCACCUAAUCAGUCUUCUGCAAGAAAAGGCUAGAUGUGGAAAGUUAUUCGAUUUGGUGGAUACGAGCAGCAACGACAUGCAAUUUCACAUGGAGGAGGUUAGAGAAAUGAUGGAGCUCGCAAUGUGGUGCUUACAGGUUGAUAGCAGCAAGAGGCCUCUGAUGUCAACAGUUGCCAAGGUGUUGGAAGGUGCGAUGACUUUAGAGGCCACACCUCACUAUGAUCUUGUUGCUAAUCAUGAACCAAAUCAGAGCGAUGUUGAGAUGCAAAUUUGCUCAUACCUGCCUUCGGCAACACAUCUGUCGGGACCUAGAUUGGAUCGGAUGGUCAGUGUUAAGGUUCUGAAAGUGAAAUGGGUUAGAUGA